AUGAAGUUGAAUACUUGGGUAAAUCUCCAACAUCAAUUUGAACAAUUUAGUUCGCCGUGUUCAUUUUUGAUCAAUGCUCUUCUCAUUUGGAUAAUUUAUCACAACUCACCUGUUUCUAUUGGAGCAUACAAAUAUUUAUUGAUGUAUAUUUCGAUUUUUGAAAUUCUUUAUGCUAUCAUAAAUUUCACACUUCAACCAAUCUUCAUAUCCGCGAGGAGUCUUUAUUGUAUUUUUGUAGAUGUUCGAGGAUCAACAAUUGAUCCUGGACUUAUGCGAGUUUUCAUCUCGGUAUAUUGCGCAGUUUUUGGAGCAUCUCUAGGUCUUUUCUGUAUUCAUUUUAUCUAUCGAUAUUUGGCAGCUUGUCAACAUAAACUUCUCCAAACAUUCAAUAAUUGGAAAAUAGUUUUCUGGCUAAUGAUUCCAAUGAUUCUCGCAUUUAUUUGGUCGAUGAUAUCAUUUUUAUUAGCACCGCCAAGUGAUCUGAAAAUAAAACAUAUAAAAAAUCGGAUUUUUGAGAUUUUUGAUCUAGAAUCUAAAGACAUUGUAUACCUCGCAGUGUUUUUCUAUCCAAUCGAUCCUGAAACAGGGAAACAAUAUACAGAUCCAAUAUCUGUUUUGAGUGCUGUUAUAGCUAUUACAUCAUUAUUCGUAUCAUUUGGAAUACUUUUAUAUUUCGGUUUGAAAUGUUACAAAGAAAUUAAAAAACUUGUUAGUUCCUCAUCAAAAUCUGCAAAUUAUCAAAAUAUGCAAACUCAAUUAUUUUUCGCAUUAGUUGUUCAAACUCUAAUUCCUUGUAUUCUUAUGCAUAUUCCAUGUUUUCUUAUGAUUCUUUCUGCACUUCUCAACAAAGAUAUUGGACAUUUAACUGGUUUUGUUACAAUAACAAUUGCUUUAUAUCCAACUAUUGAUCCACUUCCAAAUUUAUUGAUUAUUAAAAGUUAUCGAAAAGCAUUAAAAAGAUAUCUUGGAUAUUAUUUGAUUUUCAAGAAAAAUCGACUGAUCGAUGUGGAAUUUGUUGAUGUAACAGUAGCCAGGACUGCAACUAUAGCUUAG